CCGACACUUCUGCUCUACUCUUGCGCGUUCUCUCUCUCUCCCUCCCCUUUUUUUUUCUUUUUUUUCCUCCAUCCGCAAAAGCUCUCACGGCCGCAGCUUUAUUGAUAAACCUUUUAACCCCACCACAACGCACGACGGCAUAAGUCCGCCCCUCCUUUUCUGCUACUUUACCCCCACACCACUCCAACACGCGCAUACCAGGAAAGAGAAAGAACAGAGAAGAGACACAGGCAGAUACAUACGGGAGGGAGGGGAGCACCUUGGUUCUCAGUCCAUCCAUUCCCCAUCUCGCUCCGGGAACGAGUAGGAAGGGGAAACUAAAGGAAAAAUAAAAUAAAAAAGAAGGACAAGGAGAAGAAGCUGGAUGUUUAAUUCAUUGAUUGGUACGAUGCUACGACGAGAAUUUCCGUCGGGUUUGGGGGUUGGUGGAUGAGCCUGAGCCGGAGCCGGCGCCGGCGGUGAGCCGAGUGGAGUCCUGUUAAACAGGCCCAUCCACCAGUGAAUAGACUUAGCUAGAAGCAUGGAACACAAGACAUGGCUUUGGAGAAGGAAGUCUUUGGAAAAGACCAUCACAACGAAUGGGAAAUCUGAUCUCUUGAUGAAAAAUCAGCAAGAGAAAGCAAAAGCUCUGGAACUGGAGAGAUCCUUAGAGGAUUUAAAUGGGCAACUAUCUUCUGCUCGCACUGAGUCCAAUGCUAAAGAUGAUCUCAUUGCAAAGCAAGCAAAGGUGGCUGAGGAAGCCAUUGCAGGUUGGGAGAAGGCAAGAGUGGAAGCGGCAUCUUUCAAGCAACAGCUGGCCGAUGCUUUACUUCAGAAAGCAACUGCUGAAGAAAGAAUACUUGACAUAGAUUCAGCUUUAAAGGAAUGUAUGCAGCAGCUACAUAUGGCUAAGGAAGAACAUCAUCAAAGUGCUAAUGAUUGUGCUAUGAAGAUAUCAAGAGAACAAGAGAAGGUACGAGCUUUAGAAGAGAGGUUGGCUGAGAUGAAUAAGAGGCUUGUGAAAUUAGGUGUUGAGAGCAGCAAUCUGAGUCAGAUUCUUGAGGUCAAAGAGAAGUUGAUUGAAGAAUCAAAUAAUUUGAGAUCCCAAUUAGAAGGAAACUUUACUGCAGCGAUGGCGAAGCUUGAUACCUCUGAAAAAAACAAUGCUUCCCUCAAGUACGAAGUUUGCAUGCUUCAGAAGGAACUUGAGAUUCGAAAUGAAGAGAGGGAAUUUAGUCUCAAAUCAGCUGAUGCUGCCCACAAGCAACACCUUGAAAGCAUAAAGAAGAUAGCUAAGCUAGAAUCAGAAUGUCAGAGAUUGCGUGUCAUGGUUCGGAAGAGACUACCGGGCCCUGCUGCUUUGGCUAAAAUGAGAAGUGAGGUCGAAAUGCUUGGUAAUAGUGCUCUAGAAACAAGGAGGAAAAAGGCAAAUUCUGCAAUAGAACCUUUCAUGUCAAGGGAUUUUAUACCCGAAAACUGCUAUGAUGUAUCCAAUAAGAGCAUCACUUCUCUUGUUGACAGAUUGCAUGCAAUUGAAGAUGAAAACAAAAAUCUCAAAGAAUCAUUGAUCAAGAAAGAUAGGGAACUUCAAUCCUCAAGGAUCAUGUUUGCACGUACAGCUUCCAAAUUAUCACAGGUUGAGAAACAACUUGAGGAAUUAUCAUCAGGACAGGAUUGCUUUGAACUAGCAAGGAGCAUCCCUGUAUUACAUAACCUGCCUCAUGCAUCAAACUCCAAGGAUGGUGGUAAUGAAGAUAAUAUUAGUUGUGCUGAAUCGUGGGCUUCAGCUUUAAUUUCAGAGCUGGAGCACUUCAAAAAUGGAAAACCAAUGACAACACCAUCUUGUAGAAGUGCUGGAGUAUCAGAUCUAAGUUUGAUGGAUGAUUUUAUUCAGAUGGAAAAAUUGGCAAUAGUUUGCAUGGAUAAACCUUGUGAAAGUUCAGAUAUUAUAUCAGGAGAUAAUAAAUCACAGACAACCUCUAAAGAAAUUGAUUCAAGACUUGACAUAUCAGAAGCAAUGGGCAAGGAGCUUGUCCCAAUCAAUAGACACUCUGAUUUUUGUGACAUAAAUAGGGAAACUCAACUGACAUGCAUUUCAGUAGAAAAAAGUCCAAGUUGGCUUCAGGAUAUUUUGAGGGUGAUUAUCCAGAAGCAUCAUAUAACAAAACGAAGUCUAGAUGUUAUUCUUGAAGAAGUUAGAGUUGCUCUGGGAAAGAGGGACCUUUCUGUUAGGGAAAAAUGUUCAGAUGUCUUAUAUCCCACUUGUACCAUAUCUCAGAAUCCUCCACAUACUUCACCAAAUUCAUCUGAUGGAGCAUUUGGUAUGGGCACACUGGCUGGCGAGACAAAAAGCCAACUUUUUCGGACAAAUUAUAAGAAACCAGUAUGUAAGCUAAUUGAGCUUGUUGAGGGAAUCAUAGAGAGAUCCAUGAAAAUUAGCAAUGCCCAACAUGCAUUAUCUGGAAAUAGUGGAGGUGCUUAUUCACGACAUAGAUCUGCAUCAUUAAAUGGGUAUAUUGCUCGUGCAUUUCUAUGGAAAAGUUCUGAACUUGCAUCUGUUCUACAACAUUUUGUCAUUGUCUGUAAUGAUAUGUUGCAUGGCAAGGCGGACCUUGAAAAAUUUGUUGCUGAAGUAACUUCGACAUUGGACUGGGUAAUUGACCACUGUUUUUCCCUUCAAGAUGUAUCAAAUAUGAAAGAAACUAUCAAGAAGCAUUUUGAUGGUGAUGAAUCACCUAGCGACGAUGAAUUUGAAGCUGUACUUAAUAGCCAAGGUACAGAAAGAGAUAAAGCAGAUGUACAUGGAGAUCUCAAGAUUGAAAAAGAGAGGUCAAUGCCCUUUGUAUCUGCAUCAGAUGACUUAUAUAUUUUGUCUCAAAUGCAAGAUAUUGAGACUAAACUCAAGGAUGAAAAUGAGAGACUGAGGCUUGAGAUUAUAAAUAUGGAAUCUAGAAAGAAAGAUUUGGAGGAGAAACUCAAAACAACCAGUGCUAGAAAUGAGGUCUUGAUCACUAGACUUCAUGAAUCAGAAGAAAACAUUUCCCAUUUGGAAGUGGAACUAGCUAAACUGAAAGAGUCAAAGGGAUUGAUUAAAGGCCAGAUUCAAAAUCAGAUGUUAAUAGAUGAAGAUCUUGACACACAGCUUAGAGUUGCUAAAGUUGAAUUGAAUGAGGCUCCACAAAAGUUCCCAUCCCUCGGAGUUGAACGGGAGGACAAAAGUCAUCACUGUGAAAAAUUAGAGGCAACAUGUCUUGAACUACAGCUUCGUUUAGAAAGUGUGGCUGCUAAGGGAACUCCAAAAUAUGUUGUGGGCAGCGAAGAAAAGCAAGUCAGAACAGAUUGGGAAAUUGCUGCAGCUUCAGAAAAACUUGCCGAGUGCCAGGAAACUAUCCUAAACCUAGGGAAACAGUUGAAGGCCCUGGCGUCCCCAAGGGAUGCUUCUCUUUUUGACAAGGUAAUAUCAACCCCUGCUGCUGCUGAGUCCGACCAUCAAUCUCAGUUACUUGAUCAAAUGCGAACCGAGGUUGACAUGACAUCUGAAGAUUCCAGAUCUCCUAAAACAAAGGAAAUCAUAUGUACUGAACCACAAUAUCCACCAGCUGCAACUACCGAGACCCAAAUACGGGUUUGCUGUGUGGGCAGAAGAUCCACAAAGACCAGAGUACCAAUAAAAUAAAAGACAUCAUCCAACGUUCACCAGUGAAGUCACCAGAGAACUUUUACAGUCUGGGUGGACCAAAUAAGCACAAAGGUGUGGCUGACAGAGGAAUGCUCGCAAUGGUACCUAAGAAAAAGCAAAGCGGAGUCAGUUUGCUCAGAAAACUUUUUUUGAAGAGGAAAACAGAGAGCAGCAAGAAGCUGGCCCUUCCCACUAGUUGUUAAACCCAUCGGGCAAUGUGAUGUGAAAGGUAACAGAAAAAGCCUGCUGGGGAGUUAUUUGGAGCAGUGUCAUUAGUGUGUUUAUGGCAAGUUUUUGUCGCUAAUUUUCUGGCUUCUGUGAUUGUGGUUAAUUUGUCUGAUUUGUGGAGACUUUCAUGUGA